AUGCCAUCAACAAGACCACGACAUGAGAUCCAUGACCAGAGCUCCGAGUUGCCGAGGAUGCAGGUGAUGAUCGUCUUCAUCACCAUCGGCAUCAUGUGCUUUAUCGCGACGCUCGACACGACAUGCGUCUCCACGGCCAUGCCCAAGAUUGCCGCCGACCUGAACGCCGGCGCGUCGGUCACCUGGGUCGGUACGGCCAUGCUCGUUGCCUCCACGACCUCUCAGGUCAUCAUCUCGCGCCUGAGCGACAUCUUUGGGCGCAAAUCCUGUCUCCAGGUCUCGCUCGUGCUCAUGGCGUUUGGCAACGUGCUGUGCGGGUUCGCAAAGACCCCGGCGUGGCUGUACGCUGCGCGCGGCGUAGCGGGUCUGGGCGCCGGCGGGAUCAUGAACCUGUCGCUCAUCAUCAUGUCGGACGUGGUGAGCCUGCGCGACAGAGGCAAAUACGUGUCGUUGAUGGGCAUCCCCACGGCGCUGGGACUGGGGCUGGGACCCGAGAUUGGCGGUGCGCUGGCCGAGCAUGGCGGCGGAUGGCGGUGGGUGUUCUGGGUCACCGUGCCCGCCAUGGUCGUCGCAGUGCCCGUUAUCUGGAUCUGCCUGCCCUUGAAGCCUGUGCCGGGCAACUGGAAGGAGAAGGUUCGCCAGGUCGACUGGGUCGGGUCGAUGCUCAGCUUGGCGGCCUUUGUCCUCAUCCUCGUCCCCAUCUCGGCCGCUGGUACCUCGUUUGCGUGGUCGUCCGCCGCCGCCAUUGCAAUGAUCACGGUCGGCAGUGUCAUCUUCGUCUUCUUCCUCAUCACGGAACACUUCCACCCCUUGCCAGCCAUGCCGUUGCACCUGUUCAAGAACCGCACCGUCGCGCUGGUGCUGUCCACAAACUUCCUCGUCGGGAUUGUUUGGUUUGGCAACUUUUACAUUGCGCCACUGUACUACCAGAACGUCCUUGGCUACUCGGCCGUCACGGCCGGCGCGCUCAUGCUGCCGCUCCUCGUGGGCCAGCUGUUUAUCAUGGUCGGGGCCGGCAUGGCGGUCAAGAAGUGGGGUAAAUCGCGCACGAUGAUUCUUGUCGGUUACUUUAUCUGGACGGCGGGACAAGGCAUGCAGAUUGCCUGGCCAGAGCACAAGAGUAUCGCCUUGAUUGUCAUUGCCCAGUUGAUCCAGAGCGUCGGCUUUGGGCUGACGUCCCAAACCACGCUGGUGCUCGCCCAGGCGAGCUGUGCGCCGGCAGACCGCGCCGUCGUCACGGGAAUGAGGAAUGUGUUCCGCAACACUGGCGGCGCCGUGGGCCUCGCAAUCGCCAACGCAAUCAUCAACAGCGUCUUUCUCCAGAACAUACCCGCCGACUUGCCCGCAGCCGUCAAGGCCGACCUGCACCAGAACGGCUUUUCGCGUCUCGAGCCCGUCCCCUUCGAGCAGCGCGACGAGAUCAUCCACGCAUACUACCUCGGUAUCCGCGACGUGUUCAUCAUGUACACGCCUGUCGUGGCUGCGUGCUUCGUCUUGAUCCUCGGCGCGGCGGAUACCAACUUUGCGGCACCCAGCACCGUCCCCACCGCUGCCCCCGCUGAAGAGACGGCCAUCGAGAUGUCGGCACCGCUAGACAAGGACGCCGCCAAGAUGUCGGACCGCGACUCGGACAGCGGCCACGACGACGCCGAGGUCGACAGCAGUGGCGAAGAGCACAGUGCCCGGGCCAUCAAGGUCAUAUCCAACAAGCACACUGCAGUCAACGGCGGCGGCGGCGGUGGCGACCCCGCGGGGCGGUCGUCCCUCGACGCCGAGGCGGCCAACACUGUCGGUCCCAUCCAUUCAUCGGUGUUUGAAGAGGUCGUGGACUCGCGCCCGGCCACGCCGCCGCGCACGCUCUCGAGGAGGAGCAGUAGGGUGAGGAGGUAG